AUGGCCGCCGCCCUCACCCGGUACAAACUCGUCUUCCACGUCCCCCCCGCCGCCCUCGAGGCCUGCAAAGCCGCCAUCUUCGCCGCCGGCGCAGGCCGCUACCCGGGCCCCGGCAACUACACCGAGGUCUGCUACACGACGCUCGGCACGGGCCAGUUCCGCCCCGGCGCCACCGCCAACCCCCACAUCGGCAAGGCGGGGACGCUGGAGUAUGUGGAGGAGGCGCGGGUCGAGACGUUAUGCGUUGGGGAGGAGGUGGUGAGGAGGGCGGUGGAGGCGUUGAAGGGGGCGCACCCGUAUGAGGAGCCGGCCUAUUCGGUGUUCAAGAUGGAGGACUUUUGA